AUGGCGAUCCAACCUUCAGAAGCCAAACCGUGGAUGUUAUUGCUGUUCUGUGGAUUGUUUUCGUCGGUACUCUGUGCCAAGGACCUAGAAUUCACAGUUGAAUUGAACAAUGCAGCUGUAGUAAAGGGUUCCUCGUUUAUUUGGGAUUGUGCCGCUGAAGGCGCUUUACCCAUUGAUAUCACUUGGAGGAAAGACGGGCAGGCAAUUGUAAACAGCGAACAACACACUAUACUCAGGAAUGGAUCGCUAUAUUUCACCACGAUCGAACGCAAGAAGCAAGACGAAGGCGUGUAUGAAUGCGUUGCGAGUAAUAUUUAUGGGACCAUUGUUAGCCGAGCCAAUCUUUUCAUAGCAUCUAUGUCUAGGUUUCUAGAAGAUCCUCAGCCAGUUACAGCAAGUUUAAAGGGUGUUGCAAGAUUUAGAUGUUAUUUAGACUCAAUACCUCAAGCAGAUAUUUCAUGGGAAAAGGACAGGCUUCCAAUUCCCUUUAACAACAGAUUUGUUGUUUUACCCUCAGGAGUUCUUCAAAUUCACGAUAUUCAGGAAAGCGAUGCCGCAAAUUAUAGAUGCAUCGCUGUAAAUAUCGCCAACAAAAGGAGAAGUGCGGAAGCCCCACUGACAGUGCAGUCAACAAUACCAUUACUUGAUGACGUGGAUGAUAUGAGAAAACCCAGAUUGGUGUCCAGAUCAGGCAGCACACAGGCUCUUGCUGGAAAAACAGUUAUAUUAGAGUGUUUAUUUGAAAGGUAUUCUCUGCAGGAUACCCCACCAGAGGUCACUUGGACCAGAGGAGGACAGCUGUUGUAUACAAAUAAAUAUAGUGUAUAUGGGAGAAGCAACUUAAGGAUCUCAGAUUUAGUAGUGUUUGACAGUGGUACUUAUGUUUGCACUGCAAGAAAUGUGGAAACAAAUGGAAUUGUGUCUGUUAAUAUUUAUCUUAAUGUCCAAGCUCCUCCUACUUUGGACAUGGUUCCUAACGGAGUUACAAGACCACGUGCGAGUACCGCUCGAUUUACAUGUAUCUGUACAGUGGACAGCAAACCCACACCAACCAUAACGUGGUUGAAAGACGGCAGGAAAAUUGACAUAAGCGGCCGUUUCAAUAUCAUUUAUGACGGUUUAGUGAUUGUCAAUGUGCAAAAAAAUACUGGAAAUGAAACUGAUGAAGGCCUAUAUCAAUGUAUUGCCGAGAAUAUGUAUGGUAGAGCCCAAGCUAGUGCUCGAUUGAUAAUAGAAGUUGCUGAAAAUAGCCCCAACCCUCCUAGGAAUGUUGCAGCUACUGUGUUAUCGAGUACAAGUGUCAAUGUAACGUGGCAGGCACCCAUCAUGAAUAUUACUGUUGAUAUUCUUACAUAUACAAUUCACUAUCAGUUAAUGGAGAAAAGUUAUAUGUCACCUGUAUAA